UUGGCAGUCACCAUGAGGGCGCUGCUCCUGCUCUGCUGCUUCCUGGCCUCGCUCCUGCUCUCAGGACAAUCAGAACUGCAAGUCCCUGCUUCGGGUGGCACAGAAGAUGUUGGCAAUUUGUUGGAGAAUCAUUUCUCUGCUGGAGACGCAAGUCUAGAGGAAAAAGAAAGGGCGCUUAAUGCAGAUGCGGCCCCUGGAGACAAGAAUCUGCUCCUUCACUACCCAGACCACAGGGAGGCUGAGAGCUCGGAGCAGACCGCCACCGGGGCCCCUCCUGCUGACACUGGCCCAGGCCCCGAGCCAGAAGCCAGCCUCUCCAAUGCCUCAGCCUCAGAGUCAGCUCCACCUGGGGAUGCUACAGGGACUGGGGAGGAAGAGAAGGGGCCACCAGUGGCAGGCACCCUCCUUCCAGGAGGGGAUGAGGGUCCCGUGGAAGAGGAGAGACCAGAGCUCAGUUUGGGAGAGGGACCAGGAGAGGAAGAGGCUGGGCUGGGGCACCCCACUUUGGGAACUUCCAGUGGGGAGGCAGAAGGACAGGAGGAGAGUGACAAGGAAGCCAGGGGAUUCCUAGGAGACAGCUCCAUGCAGGGAACAGUAUCAGGGGUGACAGAGCCUGAAGCCUUGGGGGCCUCUCCUAGGGGAGAGGAUAAAGAGGUCCACACCCCAGAGGCAGAAGGCAAGGGCAGCCCAGGGCCUGAUCACCAGCUGGUAGAGCCAAAUGGAGCCCCCAUCACCACAUCUGCUGGAGAAGAGUCAGAGAAUGACAAGGACACAGAAGCUGGAGAGGGGGCUGAGGACCAGCCACAGCCCCAGGCCGAUGAUGCCCUGGAGGCAGAAGGCGAGGGCAUCCCAGAGCCUGACCACCCACCAGCAGAGCUAGAUGGAAUCCCUGUGGCCACACCUAUGGGAGUAGAGUUGGAGGCUGAACUGGACACAGAAGCCGGGGAGGGGUCCAAGAACCUGGGGGAACCCAGCCUCAGCCAGGAGGCUGGCCUAGCCACAGAGGCCAGUGAAGAGUCUGGGGGUGCCCAGAGCUCCAGCACCGGGGAGACCCAGGAGGACCUUCCCCCUGAGGGCUGGGCACCAGGGAUGCCUGAGGAGGAGCCAGAUGAGGCCUCCUCUGAAGAAGAGGGUGGUGAAGAAGGUGAAAGUGAGGAAGAAGGAGGAGUUCCAUCCAAAGAAGAGUCUGGAGAAGACAGUGGCGAUGGGGCUAGCUCAGAAGAGGAGGGGGGCACCUCCCAGGAGUCUGGGGAGCCCCAGGAAGCAGCAGGAGCCACGAACUCUGGGCAGGAAGGGGCCCAGCUUGGCACAGAGGAAUUAAAUACAGGGUCUGAGGGUGGUGAGGCCCAGGACUCUGAUGCAGAAGAGCCGGAAGAGGGACAUCAGGGGAGGGGGAAUCCUGUAAUUGCUCCUCAGGAAGAAACGGAGGAUGUGAGUGAAGAAGCCCCAAUGAGGGACCGCUCCCACAUCGAGACCACCCUGAUGCUGAAUGAGGACAAGCCAGCUGAUGAUUACUCAGCGGUGCUGCAGCGGCUUCGAAAGAUCUACCAUUCAUCCAUCAAGCCCCUGGAGCAGUCUUACAAAUACAAUGAGCUUCGGCAGCAUGAGAUCACAGAUGGGGAGAUCACUUCCAAGCCAAUGGUGCUGUUCCUGGGACCAUGGAGCGUUGGUAAAUCCACCAUGAUAAACUACCUUCUUGGGUUAGAAAACACUCGCUACCAGCUCUAUACAGGUGCUGAGCCCACCACAUCCGAGUUCACGGUACUGAUGCACGGGCCCAAGCUGAAAACCAUCGAGGGCAUUGUCAUGGCUGCUGACAGUUCCCGGUCCUUCUCGCCCCUCGAAAAGUUUGGCCAGAAUUUUCUGGAGAAGCUGAUUGGUAUUGAGGUUCCUCACAAACUUCUGGAGCGGGUCACUUUUGUGGAUACACCAGGCAUCAUUGAGAAUCGCAAACAACAAGAAAGAGGAUACCCCUUCAACGAUGUGUGCCAGUGGUUCAUCGAUAGAGCCGACCUCAUCUUUGUUGUCUUUGACCCCACCAAGCUGGAUGUGGGUCUGGAGCUGGAGAUGCUCUUUCGCCAGCUGAAGGGACGUGAGUCUCAGAUAAGGAUCAUCCUGAACAAGGCUGACAACCUGGCCACACAGAUGCUCAUGCGAGUGUAUGGGGCCCUCUUCUGGAGCUUGGCCCCUCUCAUAAAUGUCACAGAGCCUCCAAGGGUUUAUGUCAGCUCCUUCUGGCCACAAGACUAUAAACCUGACACUCACCGGGAACUGUUCCUCAAAGAAGAGAUCUCCCUUCUAGAAGACCUGAACCAGGUGAUUGAAAACAGGUUGGAGAACAAGAUUGCUUUCAUCCGCCAACAUGCCAUUCGGGUCCGCAUUCAUGCCCUCUUGGUUGACCGCUAUCUGCAGACUUACAAGGACAAAAUGACCUUCUUCAGUGAUGGAGAACUGGUCUUUAAGGACAUUGUGGAAGAUCCUGAUAAAUUCUACAUCUUUAAGACCAUCCUGGCAAAGACCAAUGUUAGCAAGUUUGACCUUCCCAACCGAGAGGCCUACAAGGACUUCUUUGGCAUCAACCCCAUUUCCAAUUUCAAACUCCUUUCUCAGCAGUGCUCCUACAUGGGAGGUUGCUUUCUGGAGAAGAUAGAGCGGGCCAUCACCCAGGAGCUUCCCAGCCUCCUGGGUAGCCUCGGGUUGGGGAAGAAUCCAGGUGCUCUCAACUGUGACAAAACAGGGUGUAGUGAAACCCCAAAGAAUCGCUACAAGAAGCACUAGAUAGUGUGUAGCUCUUCUCGGGUCCCUGUUGGUGAAUGAGCUUGUGUCUGAGAAGUCCUGGUUUAUUAACCCUUUGAGCCACACUGGUGAGAAUCAGUACACACUGGAGAUUUGGGAGUUUUGUUGAGGCCUGUGGUAGGUGAAGGUGUGUGGGUCUAGGAAGGAGAGCGGAAACUGUGAAUUAUAGUGUGCUUUUCUUGUUGCUUCAGUUAGGAGGCCUGAUUGGGGCAAAUCAGGCUCUACUUGCUUUUCCUGGGUCCUGUCUUGAAGGGACAGAGAGCAGCUAAAUUCUAGUGUAUACUAAAUGAGGGUCAAAUAAGCUAAACACAGCCUGAGUGAAGAGGGCUCUCAGGUCCAUGUUGGCUCCUUCCACACACGGUCUUCUGUUUGUUCCCCAAACCUCCUCUACUCUCUCCCAAGCUUGGGCUGACUUUCAAAGGCAGAUAGCCUCUUGGAUCUAAAUUUACCUGAAUUUUGAGCCUGUCCCAAGUACCUCUUCACUGUUUCUCCAUAACACUGAGAGAGAACAAGAGUGCCUAGGUCAGGGUGAGGAUCUGCCUCCCAAAUGCCAUUUCUGUGAUGUCCCAGCUGGGGAGAUCAGACCCAUCACUGGCCCCAAGAGGUGGUGAGUGGGUGGUGGCCUCAGGCUGUUCCCUCUUGGAUGUAACUUAAGUGAGGGUACUGGAAGGGCUCAGAGGGUUAAUUGGUUUGCAGUGUGUCUUUGUCUAUUGCAUGUCUUGGAAAACUCAGAUCCCAAAGGUGUUGGGUUUCAGAGUGGACAAUGGAGACUUUGUUCCUUGUCCUUAGGGACUUUGCUGGGCAGUCAGCCUCUCCCAAAUUUAGGAAGAGGCUGUUCCACAAUUUCUCUGUGGAAGCACUUGGCAGAAAAGUUGUUUCUUCAGUUUUCCCAUUACUAUGGCUUUUCCUUUCUUUUCUUCUCCAUUCCCUGAUAUACCAACACUUAAACCAGAGAAACUUCCUACGAUGAGAACCAGCACCAGCCAUCUGGCAUCAGUGGCAACUGAAGCUUAGGGUUUAGCGUCCACCUGUCCUUGACAUGGAUAGCUGUGGACUGUACCACAGGACAUCCAGGGCUUUCAAACACCAGUGAGUGUGGAUAUGUGUGUACAUCAUCCAAGAGAGGUCAGGAAGAUGACAAACCUGAGGCCACAGAGAAAGAACUCAUCAUGAGAGUCCUGCAUGGCCGGCAAGCACUGUCCCCUCGGAGGGGCACAGAGACCCAAUGGAUAAGUGCCCUUUGAAGGGAGCAUGUACUGUGAGAUGUGUGCAUACAGGGAUAGCCCAGGCCUGCCUUGAAGGGCUCCUUUUGAUGGACACAUCUGGCCACUCCUCUUGGGAGCAAGCUAUCCUUGGGUCCUUAAUCCUGUCCUGGGUCAGGACCCACCAGCACUGAGUAGUCAUCUGGAUCAGAAGGAAAUUUUGAGAAAAAGGUUGAUUAGGAAAUGUAAGUAGAUUGGUGAUCAGAUGGGGUCCAGAAAGAACCCCAAUUUGAUUUAGUAUUGCUCAGAAUUCGGAGCAGUCCCAUGCCUGCUGCAAGAGAGGCUGCUGCUUUGGACUUUAUGGAGGACUCAGAUCCUCUCACGGACAGCCAGAGCCUCCAAACCCACCAGGACACUGUUUCAAGGAGCAAGCCAACUGGAAAAGAAAAGCGAGUUCUGUAAGGGACACCCAUGAAGCCUGGUAGCUGGGGCAGAUGAGUUGCAAUCUGUCCUUGGACUUUUCUUCUCCCCCAAAUGAACAACCCCAACCCCUUGGCCUCACUUCCAAACCACUUAUCCUCUUGGAAGACUAUCCCUCCUGCCUGUCUCUUUCACACUGCUCAUCCCUGUUGGUUGCUUUUGGUGAAUCUGUUUUUUUUCUUAAUGCAGUCAGGGAAAUAAAAAGUUCAGGACUAUAUGGGCCUUUUUUUAGCUGUGAUGUCACCAUAAUUUUGGGAAGCAGGGGGGAUGAAGCUAAUCAGUUCAUGCAGUAUUAGUAUUUUGGGGGGGCUAUAUUAUCAGUGUGUCCUCCCACUUUUGGAUUUUUCUUUUCUCCAUCUAUUUUCCUUUUCUUUUUUCUUCUUUCUCUCCAUUCUGUUCCUCUCCUCGCUGUCUGCCUUACCUUUCCUUGACUGCCCACAGGCCUGUUGAUCAAUCAACACAGGUUCUAAGUGCCCGUUCUUUGCCCAGCUCCGUGGAGGAUUCUGACUCUUAAAGAUGAUGGGGCUGGGAACUGGGGAAACUUGGGACCCAGAGAUUCCCCAAGAGGGGUCCCUGUGAAUAUUUGUGGAGGAAUAGGGGCUGACCCUUUCCAGUGACCUUUAGAUUCUGACUUUACCAGGGAGAAUAUUUCAAUAAAGUUCCUAUCUCUUUAA